AUGGCAGCAAUUGCUACAGUGAUGCUUAUAAUGGUGUUCUUCACUUCUCAUGCGAGUGCACUAAGUGUGAAUUACUAUGACUCUACAUGCCCUCAUGUAGAGUCCAUUGUCGCUGGUGCUGUCCAUAAAGCAGCCGUGAAUGACAGAACUGUCCCUGCUGCUAUGCUUAGGAUGCAUUUUCAUGAUUGCUUCAUAAGGGGUUGUGAUGCCUCUGUUCUGCUGGAAUCUAAGAGAAAGAACAAAGCAGAAAAGGAUGGGCCUCCAAAUAUUUCUUUGCACGCAUUCUAUGUGAUUGACAACGCUAAGAAAGCAGUGGAAGCCGUUUGCCCCGGGGUCGUAUCUUGUGCUGAUAUUUUGGCUCUUGCUGCUAGGGAUGCUGUUACUUUGUCUGGAGGGCCCACUUGGGAUGUACCCAAAGGAAGAAAGGAUGGAAGAAUAUCAAAGGCCACAGAAACCAGACAAUUGCCAGCUCCCACUUUCAAUUUCUCCCAACUACAACAAAGCUUCUCUCUGAGAGGCCUUUCCUUGGAAGACCUAGUAGCCCUCUCAGGAGGUCACACCCUUGGGUUCGCUCACUGUUCAUCAUUUCAGAACAGAAUCCACAACUUCAGCCCCAAACAAGACAUUGACCCGUCCAUGAACCCAUCAUUUGCAAACAGCCUCCGAAGCAUGUGUCCCUCUCACAACAAGGUAAAAAAUGCAGGUGCCCCAUUGGAUUCUAGCCCCACCAUGUUUGACAAUGCUUAUUACAAGCUACUCCUCCAAGGAAGGGGAAUUUUCUCUUCUGAUCAAGCCCUGCUCACUCAUCCCAACACUAAAACAUUGGUUUCCAAGUUUGCUAAUUGCCAAAAGGAAUUUGAAAAUGCAUUUGUCAAGUCCAUGAUCAAGAUGAGCAGCAUCACCAACGGUGGACAAGAAAUCAGGCUCGAUUGUAAACUCGUUAGAUGA